CUUGUUUCAACUCCGUCAAACCACAGUUUUUGAUAUUAGAUUACUAAAUGUAGGUUACAGCCCGACUGUCUGCUGCGUGCUUCCUUCCUCCAAAAGAUUGACUCAGUUCAAGGAAAUUGCUUCUGUUUGCACACACUAGUGGCCCGCCUUUAAACCAUGAGCAGUACAAUACACACACCAGUUGUGUCCUUUCUGGGUCAUAAUUUGUCUUAAAAUACAAAAAACUAGAAAUGGAAAUGCUUCUACUCCUGAUUCUGAUGAAUUCCCAGAUUUUCAAGGUGUCCUCGGUGCCCUACCUUGCAGACUCAGAUGGAAACUGUCGCAACACAACAACAGAAUAUCUGUUAGAUGGUUCCAAAUUGUGUUGCAGAAAAUGCCAGCCUGGAGAGCGUGUGAUACAAGAGUGCUCUGAGGGGUCCGAUACGCUUUGUGAACCAUGUGCAGCCGGCCUGUUCUACAUGGAGAACUGGAACUACUCUCCAAACUGCUUCUCCUGCAAAAAAUGCAAAAAAAACAAAGGUCUGCGGCCCAUCCGGCAGUGUUCUCCCAACAUGAACUCCAAGUGUGAGUGCCAGCCUGGGAUGUAUUGUGUUUUGUACAGCGGAGGUGAUUACCAACACUGCACAGAGUGUAGAUCGUACACAUCGUGCAAGCCAGGUUAUGGAGUAUCUGUGAAAGGAACUGCUGAUUCAAAUGUGAGGUGUGAACCCUGCCCCAGCGGGAAGUUUUCUAAUAAAUACUCCCACAAUGAGACCUGCCAGCCCCACACAAAAUGUCCCGGGAGGCAUGUUAGCAGAGAAGGCAGCGCUACGUCAGACACCGUGUGUGAACCUGGACCCCCUUCAUCCGCCGUCACAAAUGCCCCGACCCAAAGUUCAACCCCAGUGCAAAACGUACUCUCAGUGAGCGAUGUCCCCCUACUGUCUGUUAGUCCAUCUGUCCCAGCUGUAGCUUUCAACUACCCACCAAAAACUCUGACAACAAACACAAUAACUGAGAGUCAACUAGCUGCACUCAUUUCUGGCAUCACUGGAUUUAUUCUACUCUUCACUGCCAUCAUUCUGCUGAUCCUAUGGAAACAAAAAACAAAGAAAGAUGCUAGAAGAUUCCAUCCUCACGUAAACACAAAUGGAAAUUGUGGGAGUGGUGAUAAAAUCAAUCAGGAUUAUCUGGGGGAAACUCAAGUUUCAUUCACUGUUAAUGCACCAGAACAACAGUGUCUGUUGGAGACCGGGGAAGCCUGCAGCAACUACAGUCAGUCGAGCAGUAGCAAUGAAACCAGAACAGAUGGCUGCAGCAGCCAUGAGUCCAUUGGCCCUUUGCAAUCCACUGUACAGCUCAAUAAAGAACACUCCAUUGAGUCCGAACCCAUCACCUCUCUCAUCAACACUGAGCCUGCUGGCCUGCAGCCCGGCAUCCCCUCACAGCCUUCAUCUCAACCCGCCAGCCUGCAGGUCAACACCCCGGUAACCACCAAUCCCCACGUCAAUGUCAAUAUCACUUUCCACAUAGGAAACAGGUCUAGUGGGACAUCACCCAUCAUACCCACAGACUCUGUGCAGGAAGACUGUACAGUCCCACUGGGAGAGGAGGAGGAGUGCUUCAGCGUCCCACAACAGGAAGCCGGCAAGCAGUCACGAAUGGCAGUGCAGGAGAGCAUAUCACAAUGCAUGAACAGUCACCCGUAUGAGCAGCAUGAAUAAGUGCAUGUUCUACCCUGUGGACAACAGUAGCACAGCGGAUUGUGUGUCUGACUUUGUACAACGUAACUCAGAAAUGGAUGGACAGAUUUUCACUCAGCUUUGUAAGAAUAUUACUUGGGGGGUCUAAAAAACAAUUUACUUAAAAAUAUAAUCUGGAAAACCACAUUUUCCAAAGAAUCGCCACAACCAAUAAGAGAGGUGAUCCAAAGCUUAUACUGAUCGGAUAAUCUUUAGUUAUUGUGUUGUGUCAGUAUGAUGCCAUGAAAUUAUGUCACUUUUAUCUGAAAAACAUUUAUUAUAGGUGUAUGCAGGUUAUGGAUUGCCUCUCUGGUGCCUUUCAUUCGUAAUGACAUCAAAUGCUACAAGAAGUGUGAGUUGAAAUCACUUUUAAGUCAGUGUAGCAUAAUUCUUUGAUGACAUGCCAUUGUUUUAUAUGUGUAUAUGCUGUAAAUAAAAAAUGUGUAUUUUUUUCUUUCAGUGACGUAUACAAUUAAAA